AGAGAGAGAGAGAGAGAGAGAGAGAGAGGGGGAGAGAGAGAGAGAGAGAGAGAGAGAGGAGCACGGAGACAGAGAGCAGUCGUUGCCCGGGCGGGACCAUGACAGUCCGGGUCGGCAGCACGGAGACCGGAACCUGAGCCGAAACGCCACCGCGACGGACACGAGCGAGCUGACAGAGAGUCGCGCGCCCGCACUUCUCCCGUGCCUCGAGGGGAGUCCAUCACACAUGUUCCCGCGCGUCGACGAGGAGCCAGUGCUCCGGGCGCACACGAGCACCGGCAGAGCCCCGCGCAGUUCGGGUGUGCGUUUCGUCGCCUGUCAGGUGAAAGCGGGGAAAUCGUUGAAGCAGGACACACAGCGACCGGCAGCGGCGUCGCGGAUGUAGUCACCGGGGCACAAGUGGUGACAAACUCCGAGCGUCUUCCUACGCGGCCACUUUCGGCGUCUCGCAGACAGCGUGGUGUGGUGUCGGGGGGGGGAGUACGAAGGGAGGGGGAUGCAGGUGAAGAAGCACCGGGACUCGGAGCGGAGCGGCGGAGACAUGCUGGAAGCGGACGGGCCCCGCAAGAAGUCCUCGUGCUUCUCCAAUAUAAAGAUCUUCCUGAUAUCGGAAUGCGCCCUCAUGUUGGCGCAGGGCACCGUCGGAGCGUACCUGGUGAGUGUGCUGACCACCCUGGAACGGCGGUUCAACCUGCAAAGUGCUGACGUUGGAGUGAUAGCCAGCAGCUUUGAAAUUGGCAACCUGGCAUUGAUCCUGUUUGUCAGCUACUUUGGGGCCAAAGCACAUCGCCCCCGUCUGAUAGGCUGCGGGGGCAUCGUCAUGGCGCUCGGCGCCCUUCUCUCAGCUCUCCCGGAAUUUCUAACUAAUCAGUAUGAAAUAGGGGAAACGUGGAGGACUGAUGUGGGUCGGGAUGCUUGCUCCAACACAAGCAGCGGAGACGCUCAGCUGGCAGAGGACGCUGUGUGCGCCAACAAGACCAACACCAACAUGAUGUACCUGUUGCUGAUCGGAGCCCAGGUCCUGCUGGGGAUCGGGGCCACGCCGGUGCAGCCUUUAGGGGUGGCCUACAUCGAUGAUCACGUUAAGAAGAAAGACUCCUCACUCUAUAUAGGAAUCCUCUUCUCCACGCUGGUGUUUGGACCUGCCUGUGGCUUCAUCCUUGGCUCCCUCUGCACCAAGUUCUAUGUGGAUGCCAUCUUCAUCGACACCAGUAAACUGGGCAUCACUCCCGACGACCCCCGGUGGAUCGGGGCCUGGUGGGCGGGCUUCCUCCUGUGCGGUGCCUUACUCUUUUGCUCGGCUCUCUUCAUGUUUGGCUUCCCUCAGUCGCUGCCGACCAGGGAGAGAGAGGAGGGGGUAGACAGCGAGCAGGUUAUGCUCCCUCCCCCUCUGAAUGCAGACUACGAGCCACCAAAAGCCAGCAAUGGGGUUGCAAGCAACCACGAGCCUGCCAACAGCCCCACCUGCUGUCAGCAACUCAGGGUGAUUCCCAAGGUGACCAAGCACCUCCUGUCGAACCCAGUGUUCACCUGCAUCAUCCUGGCGGCGUGUAUGGAGAUCGCCGUCGUGGCCGGCUUUGCUGCCUUUCUGGGGAAAUACUUGGAGCAGCAGUUCAACCUCACCACCACCUCAGCGAACCAGCUGCUAGGUAUGACGGCUAUUCCAUGUGCGUGUCUGGGGAUCUUCAUGGGGGGUCUGCUGGUGAAGAAGCUGAACCUGUCGGCGCUGGGAGCCAUCCGCAUGGCCAUGUUGGUCAACCUGAUCUCCACCGCCUGCUACGUCUCCUUCCUCUUCCUGGGCUGUGACACGGGUCCCGUCGCCGGAGUGACAGUCCCAUACAGAAAUGAGACGCUGCGGGUGGGCGAGAAGCCAGAGGCUCAGUGCAUCAGUCAGUGCAACUGCUUCACCUCCUCCAUCAGCCCUGUGUGCGGCUCCAACGGUGUCACCUACCUGUCCAGCUGCUUCGCCGGCUGCACCCGGAGAGGAAGCCCUAAAACCACGUCUAACAUCUCUCAGAACCUGACGGGAUGUGGUUGUAUAUCAGCUGAUAGCGAAUUGGCCACGGCGGUUCCGGGUAAAUGUCCGACGCCAGGCUGCCAGGAGUCUUUCCUCAUCUUCCUGUGUGUGAUCUGUGCCUGCAGCCUGGUGGGAGCCAUGGCCCAGACUCCCUCUGUCAUCAUCCUAAUCAGGACCGUGAGCCCAGAGCUGAAAUCCUAUGCACUCGGACUGUUGUUCCUCUUGCUACGACUCCUCGGAUUCAUCCCCCCUCCUCUGAUCUUUGGUGCUGGGAUCGACUCCACUUGCCUUUUCUGGAGCUCGGACUGCGGCGACAGGGGAGCGUGCCUGCUGUACGACAACAUCGCCUACAGGCAUCUGUACGUGAGCCUCGCCAUCAUCCUGAAGGGCAUCGCCUUCCUCCUCUACACCACCACAUGGUACUGCUUACGCAGGAACUACAAGAAGUACAUCAAAAGUCACGAGGGUCACAUGACGCAGACUGAGUUUUACCCCUCGCUCACAGAAGGCCCCAAACAAGUUGAUCGGACAAAGUUCAUAUAUAACCUAGAGGACCACGAGGUUUGUGAAAAUAUGGAGUCCGUUUUAUAGCUUGUAAGGACACUGGACGUCCAUGUUCUCUCAAAGGAAUGUUUUAUGAUGCUUACUCUUCUUUUCUUGAAAGGAUGAAACAAAAUAUUUUGGGUUUUUUCAAAUACAAUCUAUUUGAUGCGUCACGUCCUCGAUAAACUUUUGAAAGGGUCCACUUUAGUCGUUUACGUUAAGAGCGAGGAUUUGCCGGUGAAAUCCUAUGUUGACUUGGUGGCAGACGACCUCUACAGCGCUGUCGGGCUCAGUCCUAGUUGAUUAUUAGUGAGCGGGCGUGAUGCUACGACAGCUAUAGUUGCCAUAUCGUUUUAGGUCUGUCACGAUCACAGUGAUCUGUGCAAAGACUCACGGUUUCCUUUCAGUCAGUGCACUGUGUGUUUCUGUCUGUCACUCUCGAAAAUGAGAAUCUUACGAUAAAACAAAAAACGUUUGGGUGGUUCUUCAGUUAUUCAUAUUUAAAAGUUGCCAAGUGUUUACAGACAAAUAGUUAAUCAGUAAAUGCAUUUAUUGUGUUGAUGCAGGAAGGUUUUCUUUUAAUAAAAAAAGAGAACAGGAAAAACUGACAGGGUUAUUAUACUGUAGUGGCCUAUUAGAUGUUUUAACUGUCCAAAAACUUUAAUUACAUAGUGUUUUCAUGGCAUCAAGCACUGUUCAAUUUCUUCUUCCUCUCUUGCUGGAUCAUUGGCACUGCCUCAGUGGUGCAAAUGUGCAAUUCCUAUCUGAUACGUCCACGUUUGUUACUAGUCUCGUGUCAGACUGCAGGGUGGUUUUCACUAUAGCAGAUUUUUUCAUUUCCAUGUUUGUUUGUUUGUUUGUUUGUUUUUUACAUCUGCAGAGUUUAUUUCGCCUAAUAUGUCUUAAUAAGGGAUUAUUCAACUAAGAGUGUUCAUUAUAUUUUCUUUUGACUUGCGCCUAGUGGAAGAGUUAAGACAAAAAAAUGAUGGAGUAAUAUUUUUUAUGUGUUUUGGACUUUAAAGGAUUAGGUGUUUAAUAUAUUUUAUUCCAUUAAGCCCAGGCUGUUUCAUUAGACUGUGUUUGAAAGGAGAGUUUAAAUUAUAUAUAACAUUUGUGUGUCCAAUGUCACAAAAGUGGUGGGACAAUUCAUAGCAAUAUGUUGCUUUAGUGGGGGGGUACGGAAGCUAGGCCUGGGAUACUUGGGAUGCAACAGGAGGCUGUGUGUAUACAAGGUGAAACCAAGUGAACAACACUGAAUUUAUUCCUGGACGUCUAUUUGAAGAACUCUUUUGACGCAACACUGCGCGUACGACCUGCUCCUCUACUGAUCUCUCUGCAGUUACAGUUUUGACAUAGUCUGUUUUCUUACUCUUUUUGUAUGGCAACAUAUCAUUUAUUUUACUCUGAAAAUAAAUACUUUUUUCAAAAAAAUUAA